ACCAACCGUCUAAGACGAGCAGAGAAGCUUUCGUCAUUGUUUCAGGAAAAAAAAAGAGAAUCUUUCGUCAAGAUCCAAACUCCUCCCCAUCCCGGCUCCGACUCUCCGCCGUCCGCCCUCGGGGCCGGGAGCAACCAAACCAGCUCCCGCCGGAGUCCGGCUACCCCGACUCCCUCGCUGCGCCGGUUCUUGCGCAGAGAUCUUUUCACUGCUUGUAGGUUCAGUUCCUCGCAGACAACAAGAAGAAGGGAGGUUUUCGAAGGUCCGGUGACACCAAAGUUCAAUGAUGGCGGCAACGAACGGACUAGCCCAUGCAUCUGCCCACAAGCCCCUGUUUACCUUUGGUGUCAUUGCCGAUGUCCAGUACGCCGACAUCCCGGACGGGCGAUCCUUCACUGGCAUCCCGCGCUACUACCGUCACAGCAUCGACGUCCUCCAGAGGGCUGUCAGUGCGUGGAACAAGCAAGGUGGUGUCAAGUUCUCCAUCAACUUUGGUGACAUCGUCGACGGGAAAUGCCCAAAGGACAAGUCGUUGUGGGCGGUGCAGAAGGUCCUCGGCGAGUUUGAGAAGUCCGACGGCCCGACCUACCACAUGUUUGGCAACCAUUGCCUCUACAACCUUCCUCGGACCGAGCUAGUGGCUUUGCUGAAGAUGCCAACGGGUUCUGACCGCGCCUACUAUGACUUCUCGCCGUGUCCUGAGUACAGAUUUGUUGUUCUGGAUGCUUAUGACUUCAGCACGCUUGGCUGGCCUCGUGAUCAUCCAGUGACUGCAGCAGCAAUGAGCCUCCUUGAAGAAAAGAACCCAAACGCCGACAAGAACAGCCCUGAGGGUCUGGUGGGCGUCGACCAGCGGUACGUGAUGUUCAAUGGUGCUGUUGGAAAGGAGCAGCUGUCCUGGCUCAGUGAUGUCCUACGGGAUGCAUCGGAGCGUCGGCAGAAUGUCGUCUUGUGCAGUCACCUCCCAUUGGAUCCUGUAGCAGCGUCCCAGGUAGGCCUCAUGUGGAACUAUGAUGAGGUGAUGGCUGUUGUUCGACGGUACAACUGUGUUAAGGCCUGCUUCGCCGGGCACGACCACAAGGGUGGCUACUGUGUGGACUCCCACGGCGUGCACCAUCGCACCCUCGAGGCUGCGCUGGAGUGUCCUCCCGGCACCACUGCGUUUGGGCACAUCGAAGCGUAUCCUGACAAGCUAUUGCUUGUAGGCUCUGAUGGAAUGGCGGACACUGAAAUGUGUUUUGAGUCCUCGCAGUGAGCUGUUUUGCGAAGUAAAAUCCACAUGACUUCAUUAUUUUGACUUUUGGUGUUGUCAUUGAGAGAAAAUUCAUAUGGCUUUUGUUGUCUGGCAGUACUGUUAAAUGUAAAUAACAUUGAUACUGGUGGAUAAAGAAAAAUGUAACUGUUGUAACGCUUACUUCCCCAUGUGAACUGCUGAAUGGAGCAUACUGUUGGACUCUAAUAUAUGUAUUAUCUAAACUAUUUAUGAGUCUUUGUUGUAAA